AAUUUAAGAAAAUACAUGAAUCAACAAAUGAGCCCAGUUCAGAUGCGUCUAGCGCAGAUGUGUUAAUGUCCGAAAAACUUCUGCAAGCGGCCAUUGGUAAAUAAUUGAAUUUACAAACUAAAAUUUACCGAUUCUCUCAAUAUUGAGAUACUGAUUAAAAAUCUGCAAAAAACUGCUCAAAAACGUUAAAAAAAAUCACAUAAAAAUAUUUAAAAAGCAAAAAUGGUAAAAGGGUUUAAACGUCCCGCCUCUAACGGCUUUAACUUAUUAAAUAUAAUUUUCUAACACCACACAAAUAAUUAACCCAAAAUUAUUUUUAAUUUUUUUUUAAUAUAUGCAAUAAUAUUUAAACAAAAUAAUUUUUUGUUAAUAAUUUGUGUCGUGUUAGAAAACUAAUUUAAUUAUUUAGAGUCGUUCGACUUGGGAAGUUUAAACCCUUUUACUAUGAGAUUUAAUAAUAUGUACUUGAAAUGUUUUGUAUGCUUUGUUUCGAGACUUUUUUUUAACCUUUUUAAGUUUUUUUUUUUUUUGUGAAUUUUAAGUGCAAUAAGUUCCGAGUCCUACUUACUAUUGAUAUAGUACCAGCUGCUUCAUGUUAACUAAAUUACUAUUGAUAAUAUUGUAAACGAUUAAAUUUCAGAUAGCAUUUUAUUAAAAGAACCAAACGUUUCGGAGACCGAAACCUCACAAGUGUUUUUUUACGGGUUUACUCGAGAAGUUGAGAAUAAAAAUGAAGAUAUUAUUUAGUCCUGAAAAUAUUUAAGGUAAUAAAACAAACAGCGAUUCAUUAGAUUUAGUAUGUACAUUUAGCCAGAAUCUAUUUGUAUAACUUUUCUACUGUACAUCAGUGGAAAAGCUUUUUUUUAAAUGACUCGCUCGCCACCUAUUGUAAAAUCCAGAAACUAAAGAUAAAAUUACUUAGGCUAUUAUUAUGGAUAUAUUUGCUUGUACCUUUACAGUAUAAACUAUAUGUCCGUCAAUUUUUUUGGUUAUUUUAUUUUAUUUUGCGUCUAUGUAUUUUUCCAUAAUAUUCUUAAAUAGUAUUAUGGUAAUAUUNUGAACGUAAGUGGGACUGACAAAAAAAAGCUCUUAGUGAUCGGAAAAAGUAAAAAUCCACGUUGUUUUCUUCACAAAUUUCUUUACAAAAAUUACCAGUUGAGUAUCACUCAAAUAAAAAUGCAUGGAUGACUUCGACCAUUUUUAUCGAAUGGUUGCAACGUUGGAAUACGGAGUUGGACAAAACAAAAAAGGCUAUAUGCCUCAUCUUAGACAACUGUACUGCCCAUCCUAAUGUAUCUUUGAAAAACAUCAAACUUGAAUUUUUACCUCCUAAUUCAACGUCACUAAUUCAGCCUUUAGAUAUGGGUGUUAUCCAAAAUUUAAAGGUUAAGUAUAGAGCAACACUGGUCAAUUACAUUUUAGAAAAGAUUGAAGACAAUUUACUUGAACCACAAUCAACGGCAAUAGAUAUCAGUAAAAAAAUUAAUAUCCUGCAAGCAAUUCAAUUCAUUUCAGACAGCUGGCGUGAUGUAAGCAGUCAGACGAUAAAAAAUUGUUUUCGCAAGUGUGGUUAUCAUACCAUCGAUCAACAAUUAGAACCAAAUUUCGAAGAACAUGAUAUUAUAAUAGUACUGUACAACGUAGAAUUUGAACAUCUGGAUUCAAAUGUGCAAUGCUAUGACCAAAACGAAAACGUUGAUGAUGCAAUUAUACAAUCCAUACAAGAUAAACAUGAUUCGGAUGAAGAUACAGACGAGGAACCAGAUCCACCAAUUUGA